GUUUUGCUAUAGCUCCCCUCUCCCGUAAACUCCGCAAUAUUUCCUUCCACAUGGGUUCUCCUACUUGUUCCACUCCUUGAAUCCUUCAAUUCCGCUCGCAACUUGUUUCGGCGUCCUAAUUGGCGGCCGCCCUACAUUAUGGAGAAUGGCGAGGUCUUCACGCCGCUCUCCGAAAUAACCGGCCAAAAAGCAAAAGCCAAAGUCGAUCCGCCAAAGCAACAGGCGCAACGUCUUCCGGCAACCAAAACAGACCCAAACAAGGCCAAGAAAAUCGGACAGGUUCACUUCAAGGCCGCACAUGGCAUCAUCGUUGCUUUCUUUACUUUCAUCUUAAUUCUUCACGUCCUCGGAAUAUACCUAUUCACAAGCGGUUUCCUCCUUACACGUUUAGUCCUCGAUCACAAGUCCGACUGUGCAGUUCCCCCGAUCGAUUCUGCGAACAAAUAUACAGCGGGCAAUGCGGAGAAGGGGUGCUGGCACCCGAAGACAUUUAAGAAAGCUGUUGUUAUCAUUGUGGAUGCGCUGAGGUACGAUUUUACGGUGCCCUUUGGCGAGCAGUUUGAAACUACAGACGUCUCUUCCAUUGCGAACGACCCGGCUGGCGCGCCCCCAGUCGCUCCGCGCCAUUUCCACGAUGCGAUUCCCAUCUUAUAUGAGACGGCAAAGAACCGACCAAACAACGCGUUCCUACUACCGUUCAUUGCGGAUCCGCCGACGACAACACUACAGAGGCUGAAGGGGCUUACGACCGGGACACUACCUACGUUCAUUGAUGCAGGGAGCAACUUUGCAGGCACGGCGAUCGAUGAGGAUAAUUUGGUUGCCCAAUUGAAGAAUGCAAGCAAGAGGAUAGUACAUCUAGGCGACGACACAUGGCAUGCGCUCUUCCCCGGCUACUUCGAGCCAAACCUUACGCACGCGUACGACUCGUUCAAUGUCUGGGACUUGCACACGGUCGACAACGGGGUUACAGAGCAUAUUUUCCCGCUCCUAAAGGCAGAGAACACAAGCAAGUGGGAUGUGAUAUUCGGCCAUUACUUGGGUGUGGACCAUGCGGGGCAUCGCUAUGGACCUGAUCAUCCCGCUAUGACAGCAAAGUUGAACCAGAUGGAUGGCGUCUUCCGGCGCAUGAUCGAAGAGGUGGAUGAUGAAACACUUUUAGUAGUCAUGGGUGAUCAUGGCAUGGAUGCUAAAGGUGAUCAUGGAGGAGAGUCGGACGAUGAGAUCCAGGCCGCGCUGUGGAUGUACUCCAAGAAGGGUCUCUUCGGGCGCACUGAUUCUGCCUAUGCUACGCCUCCCGUAAACGCAAAGGUACGACCGGUUGGGCAGAUUGAUCUUGUUCCGACGCUAUCACUACUACUGGGUAUGCCGAUACCGUUCAACAACCUGGGGAAGCCCAUCGAGGAAGCGUUUGUUGGAGCGAAAGGGACCGGUUUAGAAAACCUGGCCAUUGUGAACCGCCUAGCGGCUGCACAGAUCCAUCGCUACCAACACGAAUAUGCUAAAGCUCGAGGCCUUGCAGAAAGCACCAGAUCUACCUCAUUAGCGCUUUGGGCGACGGCAAAUGAGGCCUGGAGCUCGCUUGGAAAAUCCAAGGGCAACAGCGUGCAGAUGAAGAACGCCUACGAAGCCUUUGCUGCUUAUCAACGCGAUACUCUCAGCAUCUGUCGCGCUCUUUGGGCAAGGUUCGACAUCCCGAGAAUGCUCAGCGGUGUCGCAAUCCUUGCAAGCAGUCUCAUCGUGCUUGCUCUAUACGCACGGGUCUUGCAUGGAGAUCGCUCUGAGGUGACACCAGUGUUCUUCACUCGUGGCGCUAUCGGACUGGUUCUCGGAGCACUCUUUGGUUUCGGCGUUGCGUUUAUACUGCCAGGAGAGCCCAAAGAGCACAUCGUCAUUGUCUCAUCUGCUAUUUCUGGAGUCGUGGGCGCUGCCUCUACUUUCUAUUCUCUAAGCUACCGCCUCAUGUCGCCUAUUCCGAACAAUAUCUGGGGCUGGAUAAGUGUCAUCUUCACACUUGCUCUUUCUGCUGGGUUUGCGGCGAACUCGUUCACCAUCUGGGAAGAUGAGAUUCUCUUGCACUUUUUGACUACCUUUGGUGUUCUGGCUGUAAUCUCGUCAUUCCGACAAAAGCACGUUGCUGAUCGGACUUUGGGCAUCUAUCAUUCUAUUCUAUUUACUGUCUUAACAAGAGUCGCAAGCUUCUCGAGGCUUUGUAGAGAAGAGCAGAUGCCAUACUGCAAGUCCACCUACUACGCUUCUGCGCUCUCGACCACCUCUGCUCCAUGGCAGCUCAUUAUUCCCGCCGUUGCCGCACUCCUGAUACCAACAUUCAUCAAGAGUUACUAUGAAGGUACAAAGAGCUACCAGCACAACGCAACCCUUUGGAUAGGCAUUGCGCUGCGAUUCGGACUCAUGCUUUCUGCAGCCUACUGGGUUCUCGAUGCUGCGGACGACAGCGACUGGUACCCCGGCUGGGAGAACAUCCUCCGAACCACAAAGCGCCUGGUCGCCCAGAUCGUUCUCGCGAUCAGUCUCGCAUUCGGCUACUCCAUCUACAACUGGUCGAAGCCGCUCUUAAACAUCAUCAUCAACGAGUCUACCGACGAAGUGGGUGCGCCAAAGGAAGCCAUUACGAUCCUCGGUUAUGCCAAUGUCUACGGCUCGCGUUACGCCCUCCUCGUCACGAUCUGGUAUCUCGCUGUCGCCGUGCUACAGAAACCCAUGGGCGCUGGCUCGAUUGGAGUUCUUGUCUGGCAACUGUUCUCGCUAUUUGAAAUCAUAGACACGAAUAACCUCCGACACUCCUCGAUAGGCCCCGUUGUCCUCGGCCUACUAGGAUCCUUCCACUUCUUCAAAACAGGCCACCAGGCGACUCUCGCGAGCAUACAGUGGGAAUCAGCUUUUAUCCCUCUCGCCAAGAUCCGGUACCCGUGGACGCCCGUCAUCGUAAUCCUCAACACGUUCGGUGCCCAGAUCCUGUGCGCUGUCGCCGUUCCAGCCCUCGUCCUGUGGAAGGAGAAGCCACAGAAAAAAGGCCUGCUGGGCAUGUUGGCCAAGGCGGUGGCGACGCACAUGUUAUUUUAUGCGACGAUUAAUCUUGCGACGACGAUGUGGGCGGGCCAUUUGAGGAGGCACUUGAUGCUGUAUCGCGUCUUCAUGCCUCGUUUCAUGCUCGGGGCGUUUGUACUGGUAGUGGUAGAUGUUGUGUCGAUAUUCGUUGGGUUAUGGGGUGCGCGGAUGAGUAUUCUGAGUGUUGCUGAGGUGUUUGGAUUUGGUGGGUGAUUGGGUGAAGAGAUGCGUGAUGAUUUGGCUACUCUAGGUUUGGGAUUUGGCCAUGCGUCUACUGACGCCUCUGUGCAUGGUUGUAUAGUAUAGCAUCGCAUUGUAAUGCGUGAAGCGUCAGUUUUUCCUUGUGUUCAUCUGCGAAAGAAUCAUUAC